AUGGUGGCCCGCUCGCCCGCUCGGCACGGAGCCGGCGGCGGAGGGCUGCUCUGGCCGCGGCCGGCCGCCUGGCUGUGCGUGGCGGCGGCGCUGGGCGCCGUGUGUCCGCCGCGGGGCUCGCUGGUGCAGGGCCGGCGGCUGAUCUGCUGGCAGGCGGUGCUGCAGUGUCAGGGGGAGCCCGAGUGCAGCUACGCCUACAACCAGUACGCCGAGGCGUGCGCCCCGGUGCUCCUGCAGCAGCCGCCGGCUGGCGGUGGCGGCGGCGGCGGCGGGGACGGCCCGGCGGGCGCCGCGGGCUCGCCCGCCUCCCGGCGGCGGUGCCCCAGCCACUGCAUCGCGGCCCUCAUCCAGCUCAACCACACCCGGCGCGGCCCGGCGCUGGAGGACUGCGACUGCGCGCAGGACGAGAACUGCCGCGCCACCAAGCGAGCCAUCGAGCCCUGCCUGCCCCGCACCAGCAGCGGGGUCGGCGGCGCGGGGGGCGGCGGAGGCGGCCCCGGGGGAGGCCCCGGGCCCGGCCCCGGCGGCGGCGGCGUGAUGGGCUGCACGGAGGCGCGGCGGCGCUGCGACUGGGACAGCCGGUGCAGCCAGGCGCUGAACCGCUACAUGACCUACUGCGGGAAGCUGUUCAACGGGCUGCGCUGCACGGCCGAGUGCCGCGCCGUCAUCGAGGACAUGCUGGCCGUGCCCAAGGCCGUGCUGCUCAACGACUGCGUCUGCGACGGGCUGGAGCGGCCCAUCUGCGAGUCGGUCAAGGAGAACAUGGCCCGCCUCUGCUUCGGCGCCGACACGGGCAGCAACGGCGCCGGCAGCAGCGGCGGCUCGGACGGCGGCCUGGAGGAGUACUACGACGAGGACUACGAGGAGGAGCCGAGCCAGAAGGGGAGGGACGAGGCGGAGGACAAUGCGGGCGCCGAGCCCGGCUUCCCCAUGCAGGCGGACAGCGCCGGGCGGGCCGCCGCCGCCUGGGCCCUGCUGGCCUCCAUCUUGCUGCGGCUGCUGGCCGGGCUCUAGCCGGGAGCGCACGCCGAGCCGAGCCGUGCCCCCUUCCCUUCCCUUCCCUUCCCUUCCCUUCCCUUCCCUUCCCUUCCCUUCCCUUCCCUUCCCUUCCCUUCCCUUCCCUUCCCUUCCCUUCCCUUCCCUUCCCUUCCCUUCCCUUCCCUUCCCUUCCCUUCCCUUCCCUUCCCUUCCCUUCCCUUCCCUUCCCUUCCCUUCCCUUCCCUUCCCUUCCCUUCCCUUCCCUUCCCCUCCCUGGCCUUCCCUUCCCUUCCCUUCCCCUCCCUUCCCCUCCCUAUUUCUCGUCCCUUCCCACCCGGCUGUGCACUGUGCAAUCCGGCCCGGCACGGCCCGGCGGCGGGGGGAAGGACUGCGGGCCUUGAGCAGAAGUGGGGGCGUGCUGGUCGUCGUGGUGACUUUUUUUUUUUUUUUUUUUUUUUUUUUUUAUAAAAAAAGGCAUUUUGACAUGAAGGUUAGAAAGAGGUGAGCUACCCACACUCGCUGCCAAAGCCGUUGCCGUGCUGGUUAAACAACUUGAUUAGCAUUCACCGAGUAUCGCUGCUCGCGGUGCAGGGAUGCCCGAGAGAGGGUUACGCUGCAUCUGCCGCUAAUUAAGUGUAAGGAGAUAACAGUCCGAGUAAGUCUGGUGGUUUACAGCACUCCCUCUUGCACACACGUCUUCCUUAUAACAAAAGCUUGCCAGCAACCGUCUCUUCCUCUUUAACCUAGCGCUAUACAAAAAUGAAUUUUUUUUUUUCUCAGAGUUGUUGGCUAUACUGAACAAUGCAACUUUUGUUUUAAAAGAGCUCUGCACUGCCAUCUUUGAAAGACACUUUUAAACUCAAGAACAUGUAUGUACAAAUAUCCUGAAAAGUUAUAUUGCCUCUUGUCAUAUCAGGGUGCUGACCUCUGGUAAAUCUUAUAUAAAAAAAAAAUGUAUUUAAAACUGGGAUUUGUUACCAGUCGCUCUUCUUUGUAUAUACAAUUUUAUAAAUUGUAUGCCAUGGGGAUAAUUUAUUUAAAAAAAAAAAUAAAAAGUUUUAAAUCCACAUCCUAUUUGCCAGGUAAUUACAUUUGCUAUUAUUUUCUGGAAAGGUACAGAUUUCUUUUUAUGUUUAAAGGGAUACCAGCAACAAAGAUUCACUGAAGUAUUCUGCAGAACAUCAAAUGUACAGUGUAUUUUAUAGAUUUGAAGUUAACUUUCUUAUUUGGAGAGACUUUAUGAACACUGUAGAAUUGUAUAAACGCAUUUCCAAGCUGCCUUAAAACUUUGUAUUUUUUAUAGAAGGCAUAAAAAAGGCCUAUGUUUUAAUUAUGUACGGCUUUUUGUAUUUUCUAAAUUUGUAAAUUAGUAAAGAAAGAGCUUUAAAUAAUGGAUGUGGUGAAAUUGUUUUCCAGGGACACUUGAACUCUCGGCGCCCGAGGUUGGAGGGGGGGCGGGAGCAAGCCACAGAAUAACAAACCAAAAACAAUCAAACGAACAAGAAUCUCUGUCUGCCUGUAAUACGUUACAUAGAUGUAAAUUACUGCUAUUCUCACGUUAAUGAAUAAUUACAUGCGAGAAGUAAAUACAGCUUUGAAAAUA